GGAAUCAUCUCUCCAGGAAUCGUUCACUUAGGAGCUAUAGCUUCCUCCCAACAUUCCUCUUUUCUCUCUGGAUUACAAAUUCCUGCUGGAAAGAAAUAAUGCCUGUGACACGUUUAAGGAUGAGGCCAUGGCUAGAGGAGCAGAUAAACUCCAACAAAAUCCCUGGAUUGUCAUGGAUCAACAAGGAUAAAAUGAUAUUCCAGAUCCCUUGGAAACAUGCUGCUAGACAUGGAUGGGACAUCAAUAAAGAUGCCUGCCUUUUCCGGAGUUGGGCUGUCCAUACAGGACGUUUUAAAUCUGGCGAGAAGGAGACCGACCCUAAAACUUGGAAGGCCAAUUUCCGAUGCGCAAUGAACUCUCUGCCGGAUAUAAAAGAAGUCAAAGACAAAAGCAUAUACAAAGGCUCCAGUGCAGUGCGAGUAUAUCAGAUGUUCACACCUCAAAUAAAGGCUGAGAAGAAAGAGCGCAGAUCCAAGGCAAAAUGCUCUAAAAGCAAAGCCAAGUAUAAGACUGAGGAAGACGAGGAAUCUGUAAAAACUAGCCCAUUGCCUGUAGACCACAGCUACACUGCUAAUGUAUAUACAGACCAAGAAGACAUGGAUUCUGUGGAUGCAGCUGUAAUGAGCCUCAACGAAAGUGUCUCUAGCACCUUGGACUGGGACUCUCAACUUGAAAUGCCAUUGCCUGACAGCACAAAUAACCUCUACCCUUUCCAGGUGUCACCCUUGAGUUCAUCUUCGGAAGAGGAAGAAGACUUUCCAGACGACUUUCUUAGGAUGAUGUUAGAGCCAAGCACAGAAUGGCAGCAGACAAGCAUAGAUGGCAAAGGGUUUUUCACCAAUGAAUCUGGUAUGCAGAACGCCUGUCUAACUGAAAUAAGCUCUGCAUUCGACGGCACGUUAUCAGGUGAAAUAAAAGUCAGAUUCUCCACAGACUUGAUCAACUGGCCCGACUAUUCCUCAAGGGCUACAGGAUUAGCUGUCCCCACUUUUUGAACUUUACCUCCUAUCAUUCCAAAGCACUUACAUGGAUUCAGCAAAGAGCACUGACUAGCGUAAGGCCAGUUUUGGGGGAACAGACAGGACAAUGCUUGGUCGCUACUGCUGGGAUGGCCAUCGCCGACUGUGAAAAUAAGGAGGACAAGUCAUAUGUGGACGUUUGAUUUGCUCAACCCUGAAGCAUGAAAAAUAGCACUACAUUGCAUAUGUGAAAGUGAAUCUGUUCCUACCCUCUGUGACUGUGUACAAUCAGAGAACCUAUUUGCAAUACUGCAUUGUUGUGUGCACUUGUUUAGAAACCUUCUAUUGGUAUCUUGUAAAUAUAUUGAAUAUUAGUGGUUUACGUUUAGUUCUUUAUUCAGCCGUUGCCAUCUGUAGGGGCUUCUCCUGUGGCACUGGCUGAGAGAAGGCUUUUUGUGAAAAAAAGUCUAAUACAGCUCUCUAAACUAAAAUGCAAAUAUUUAAGAUCGUUUUGUACUGUAGAAUGGACACCUGUAAAGCCAUAUUAAUAAAACAUCUACACUGGUGAUAACAUGCAACUCACUUCCUAGGGAUUGCUGAACCCCAGGGUUCCUACAAUAGGAUUAUAGGGUGUCCAGCAUCUCUGCAUCGGUUUGCACAGGCCCUUAAUGUGAUCCAAUCGUUGGCCCAGCAACAAAAUGAUCGGAUUUAGCCCGUCACCUUAAUGGAAAAAUUGUGCAAAUCUCAUCAAACCGUUAGAUUUUUAGAUACUUUGACCAGUUUGCCACUCGUUUGCUAAGGAAUCCAUGUUUUUGUAAAAGAUUAAAUUUUGGACAACUAUCAUGCUUCACGAUAUGUGUAAUAAAUAGGAUUAAAAAAGAAAUAAGUCAUUUCAACAGUAUUUUCGAAAUACGGUUCUGUGCAGAGGUUCCACCUUAAACAUGCUGUUACCCAUUAUGAGGUAUUUGUAAAUAGUACAUUUGUAUAAACAUGUAUAAUAGUUUGAAUAAAUUCUGUUUAUAUAUA